AUGGAGCCCGCGGCCACCACCAGCAUCCAGGUACUGCUCCAGGCGGCCGAGUUCCUGGAGCACCGGGACCACCGCGACCCGCCCAGCCUGGCCAAGGCCGAGCACGGCUACGCCUCGCUCUGCCCCGCGCGGUCAGUGGGUGGAUGGCGGUGUCCGGCGGCGCCGGUGCUGAUCGCCGGCGGCCUUUCCUCCCGCAGGUCGGUACACAACGCGCUGGAGAAGCACAGGAGAGCCCAGCUCCGGUGCUGCUUGGAGCGGCUGAAGCAGCAGGUGCCGGUGGGCGCGGAGCCGACCCGUCCCACCACGCUGAGCCUCCUGCACCGUGCCCGGCUUCACAUCCAGAGGCUGGAGGAGCAGGAGCUCAGGGCACGGAGGGCCAAGGACCGGCUGCGGGACCGGCAGCGGAGCCUGCGGCGGCGUCUAGAAUGGCUGCUCCUACCCACCGACGGGGAACGGUCACGGGCUGACAGCCUGGACUCAUCCCAGCUCUCGGAGCCCUCCGAGGAAGAGGAUGCCGAGGUAGAGGUGGAUGGCGUGGUAUUUGGUGGGGACCUGCUGCACGCCUUCGGCACUGGGAGGGACCACAGCUACUCCAGCCUCCACAGCCCGGAAUCCUGACUGUGCCCACUGCCUUCCCUGCACUGCCUGCCCGCCUCCUUCCUGCUGGAAAUGCAGCCUCCCCCAGCCUUAUCACAGCCAGGGUAAGGGGCCACAGGUGGGAGUGAGCACUCAGCUUGGCCUCCAGCAGCUGGGCAGCACUGGCUGUGGCACUGGGUGCAUGGGGCUGGCACUGCACUGUGGCACCCACUGUGCACUGCAAAGCACUGGGAGAGGCACUGGAAGAGGGCCCAGCUGUCUUGGGGAAACCCUCACGCCUCCCCCUGUGCACCCCCAGGCAGUCUGGGGGCUGCCUGGCACAGGCAUGUGGCAGUGCUGCCCACUGCAGACAUGACUACAGGAGGGCUCUCCCACCCCUGGAGAGACAGAAAGGGGAAACAAGUGCAUUAAGCAACCUGCCUUCAUGCUCCCACAGCCACUCUGCUCUUUUGUACAGACCCCACACUUUUAUAGUAAAGGAACUUGGUAAAAC